CUUUCUCAUCACACAAAUACAAGCUUAGCCUACACAAAAACUUCUCCUUUUUUUAUAGGAACUUAAAAAUGGCCUACUCAAAGGCUUUAGUACUGCUUAGUUUCCUCUUAUCCGCGACUCUUCUCAUUUCCUACGAGGUCUCAGCUCGUCAGCUAGCUGAAUCUACCACUGAACAGACACAGUCUGUGGAGGAGUCUAAGCAUCAUAGCUACUACGGAGGAGGACAUGGACAUGGACACGGACACGGUGGACACGGUGGAUACGGUGGUCAUUACCCACCCAAGGAAGGGGAGAGUGAAGUUGUAGACCCUCAACACUAUGGUGGCUAUGGCGGCCAUGGUGGAUAUGGUGGCGGUGGAUAUGGUCAUGGUGGAUAUGGUGGCGGUGGAUAUGGUCAUGGUGGAUAUGGUGGCGGUGGUCAUGGAGGAUAUGGUGGUGGUGGAUAUGGCCAUGGUGGUUAUGGUCACGGUGGUUAUGGACAUGGUGGAUAUGGCCACGGAGGUUAUGGUGGUCAUUAUCCCCCAAAGGAGACAAAGGUUGUUGCUGAGGAACAGAAGGGUAACUGAGUAUAAUGCCCUUAAAUAAUAACUAUGUACUUUGUGUUUAUUUAUGUCAAAGACUCCUUCUAUCCGCAAGUAUUUGUCACAUUUGAUGAUGUACUUUCAAACAACAAUGUAACAAACAACUUAAGGCGAACGAAGGUAGUAUGUAAAUCAAAACAAAAGGAUUCAUCCUUUUGUGUCUAUGCAAAAUAGGACAUGGAUUUCUAGAAGGUUACUUCCUAUAUGUUUAUCAUGUAAUACUUCUCUUUUCAUGUGCUAUUGUAAAUUUAAUAUUGUGAUGUAUGGACUCCUUUUUUAGCUACAUAUAUGAAAUGUGAUUAAGAGUGUUUUAUA